UCUUCUUCUUCUUCUCUGAUUUCUUUCUCCCUUCUUCUCUCGGUCUUGAAUCUUUCUUUGUUUGCUAAUAUGGGGAUUAAUACUUAAACAGAGAAGUUUGUUUUUUUCCAACUUAAUUCUUCAAGGGCAUUUCAAUAAAUAACACUAAGUCCCCUAAGUGACAAACGACGACCUAUCAGCUAAGCAAAAACCCUUAGCUUGGCAGAGGCGUCAAGGGUUUCAAAUGGGGAAAUCAAAGAAAAAGGUUCUAAAUAAAUCUCUGAUUACUCAUCCUAGCACCAGUGACGAUACUCUCCAAUUGUUCGAUCCAACAUCGUCUCCUACAAAGGAAAAAGUUAACUGGAACAAUGUUCUUGGCAUUUCUGAUUACCUCUCUAAACAAGCCACCAGAGUGAAAACGCUAUGGACUGGAGAAACUCCAAAAGCUGAAUCAGUUAAGGAGACAAUGGAGUCUUACUUCAAGGCUCUUCUAGGGUUUUUGCUCUGUUGUCAUGGAAGCACUCUUGGUGCUGGUCCUACUUUGUCUUCAAUCGUACACGGUUCUGUUAAGCAAAUCGUUGACUCCAGCUUCAGAUUGUUUCAGGGUUCUGUAUCUCUUUACGAUGGAUCAUAUGAAAAGGGGGAAAAGCCGUCUAUUUCGCAGCUUUCAGGAGCAGUUUUGGAGGCAUGCUCUAGUUUCAAGAAGGUUCCUACAACAAACCUCAUCGCGAUUGGCAGUGCUAUUUCUCAGGUUUCGGUUAUCAUGAAGGAUGUUCUUAAUGAGAUGAAAAAAGUGAAACCAGCUUGUCCUUCAAGUGAGGGUGAGGCAUCUGGUGAUGAUUUUUCUCCUGAGCAAAUAGAAGUUGCUAAAAUGGUUGCUGACAUUGUGUAUGAGGCGAUGACGGUAAUAAUAGUCAUUCGAGUAAUCACCAGGAUGAUGGAGAAGGAGAAUUCAAAUGAGAAUAGCGUGUUUGUGGAGUCGCUAGAGAAGCUACUUAAGUUGUGUCAAAGAAGUGGAGUAGUGAUAGAAGAGCUUGGUACUUGCGUUUAUCAUCCACCGCUGAAGAUAGACAAGAUAACUCAAACGGUGAAGAUACUAGAGGGAAAUCUCGAUGAAGUUGAGGCUCAAGUUGAGUAUAUGAAGAGGUCUUCCAACGCCUUUCCGGGAGUUUGCAGAAAGCUGCGAGACGCGAUCAAACUCAUGGAAGUUGGAUUGGAAAAAAGAAAGGAUUUGAAUCAAAUUCUGAUUUCUCGUCAAAACACUCUCUACAAUGCUCUCCAGGUAUGUUUCUUCUUACCUAUUUUUGUUUUGUUUCAUGUUUUCUCGCAAUGAAUUCGACAAGGAUUAGGCCAAAAUGUUUUGCAGUUGUUGGAUCCAACAGCUUCUCCGAUGAAUCGAUGUUCUUAGAUCUCUGAGCAGCCCUCUAAACAAGAUACCAUAGGGUCAAUGUUCGGUUUCCUCUGCAUUUACAUGAGAAACAGACAUGUCUCUUAUAAGUUAAAGACUGCUUCACCUUUUCCCAAGUUCAUCUUUCGUUGAGACUUUAUGUUCAUGAGCGUUUCUUGUUAAACAUGACUCUGCUUCUUUAAAGGAUCUGAAAACUUUUCCCAAGUUUAUAGUCUCUGAUCUUUCUUUAAUACUUUCCUAUGCAAUGUUUUUG